AAAAAAUUUUUUGUGGUGUUGUCUUUUGACCUUUAAUUACCACAUAAUCGACCAAUACGGCAAUUUCUACCUGUAAAUCCGUUUGUAAUCCAUAUACGGCCCAAAAAAACUUUUUAAUACCGAAUAACUAAGCUAGAUAUGUAUGACUUAGCUUGGACGUGCCCUUUACUUAAAUGUACCAACUGCUUACUCCCGGCUGGUGAGACUAAGUUCUGCGUUACCUUGUAGUUUGCUGUAGCUUGCCUUAAAUAUAUAAUCAACCUUUUGUAAGGGAGUUAGGUUAAAACAUGGCUUUACAAAGGAUUAGAAGAGAAUUGAAAGACAUCUAUAAAGAUCCACCGGAUAAUUGCACUGCGGGCCCUUCUAAAGAGGAUGAUUUAUUUAAUUGGACUGCGACAAUAACAGGACCGCCUGAUUCCCCUUACGAAGGAGGCAUUUUCUUUUUAGAUAUUCAGUUUCCUACUGAUUAUCCUUUCAGACCUCCGCGUGUAGUUUUCACAACCAAGAUAUACCACCCGAACAUUAACCAAAAUGGAAGCAUUUGCAUGGACAUUUUAAAAGAUAUGUGGUCGCCAGCACUCUCAAUAUCAAAAGUUCUGCUCUCCAUUUCCUCUUUACUAAGUGAUGCUAAUCCUGAUGAUCCGCUGGUACCCGAAAUAGCACAAAUUUAUAAAACCGAUAGAUCAAAAUACGAGACCACUGCCAAGGAGUGGACUCGAAAAUAUGCUUCAGGCUCGAAUGCGUGAGAAUGAUUUACUUAAGUAAAUUAAAAAGUCAAAAUAUUUUAGAUUAUUAAUUUGUGCUUCUUUUUUACUAUAAAAGAA